UAAGAACCGACCUCAUUAAUCACAAAAACUCAGCAUUCCAAUUUCCCAAUUGUCUCUCAAUCACUCUCACAGCAACUCAACACUUGACAGAAACAUACAGAUCAAUUAACCAAAUUGUACCAUUCUCUCUUCAUAAAGGAAAAGGACAGAGAGAUGGCCAGACUCAGCAGAGCAGCAGAAGAAGAAGAAGGUGACUUGUCACUGCCGGUGGGGUUCAGAUUUCGGCCCACAGAUGAAGAGCUGGUGAACUACUAUUUGAAGAAUAAGCUGGAGGGCUCCCAUGCCGAAAACAUCAUUGAUGAAAUUGAUAUCCUCAAGUUCGAGCCUUGGGAUUUACCUGACAAAUCGUUGAUAAAGUCGGACGAUGAGAAUUGGUUCUUCUUCUACAAAUACAAAAAAGGAAGUAGGGCCACAAAGGAAGGCUUUUGGAAGAUCACAAGCAAAGAUCGUGUGAUCAAGGCUCGGGACAACAGAACUGUCAUCGCCAAAAAGAGGAUUCUGACCUUUUACAUAGGUCGUGUUCGUAAGUCCACGAAGACCAACUGGGUCAUUCAUGAGUAUUAUAUCCCUGAUGAUGCCCAUCCCAAUGCUAAGCAGGUCAUCAUGUUCUCUUUCUCUUUCUUUUCUUUUUUUUUUUGGUUUCUUUUCCUUUUUAUGGUUUUUGUUUUCCAGCACUAAUAACACAAUGCUGCUCUUUACAACAUGAUAUACUUGUUGUGCUAUAGAAAUUUAGUCAUAAUGAAUUACUAAUUUGCAGCUCAAAGGGGUUCCGAAUUUGAAAUCAAUG